AUGAAGCUUGCAAGUGCACUCAAGCUACGAGUGAACCUAUUGAAACAACUCUCCGAGUUGUCAAAUACUAUUCACAAAGGUUUAGUGGUUCAAGAAGGUAUGAACCAAACUGACCCCAAUGACAGUUAUAUAAAAUAUACAACUAAAUUGGGUCAACUAGAGCAAUUAAUCGUUGAUAUCAACUAUACCAAUGUUUUCACCUUAGUCUCAUUCAAGGGAUGUGAAAUUUCGAUUGCUGAGUUGCUUUUACUCAAAGACGAAGCUAAACAAAAAGAAAAUACUAUCCAAUCCAUUCUACAAAAUAGCGAGGAAGAGAAAAUCGCCGAUGUUAAUGAUAUACGUAUGGUUUCAGUCGUUGAUCGAGAUAAAUACCAAAAGAAGUUAGAUGCAGCAAAGGAUGAGAUGCUAGCUAUUGAAUUGGCGUUGGAGGAGGCCAAUUGGGAAGUUAGCCUAAAGAAACUUUGA